AUGCAAAAGAUAGAUGUGAAUGAGAGGAUAACAAUACUUGAGCGGCUUAACCCAACUCCUAGACCAACCACGUCUCCUUACCUUGAAGACAGAUGGAGUUUUGAGUGGUUUGGAUCCAACACUCCUGGGUCACUUGCUGCUCGUGUCAUAUCCGACUUAGUCUUCUUUCCACUCUUUCCUUCUUCAUUUGUGAGUCUAUCAAGUAUGUACAUUGUCAUUAAAUAUGCUAGCACUAGGGCCACCGCCAACGUUAAGCUGCUAAACAUGGUAGAAAACAAAGUCAUCUUGACGUCGAAAUAG